GCACAAAACAAUCACAAACACAUCUGCAUCUGGAGAACAAACAACAACCUCCGCAAAAUACAUAUAACUGCUUAAUAAAAUAAACAGUUAUGUUUCUAAUAAUUCUAUGGUCCUAGAUUCUUCAUACUGCCGGCAAAUUUCAAAUAUUUUAUUAAAAAAUAAAUACAAACGCAACUAAGUUUUCUACACGUUAAGCUGAAGAAACGCAGAGGAACAAAAGAAACCAUGGCACGAGAUCGCGAGCCUCAGUCACAGACGCAAGGAGCAACUCAAAGCCAGUCAUCUAAUAUAUGGAGCCAGGUUGAGAGUCAGCCAAUUGAAAACAUUGUUUGGGGACGACUCUAUGGGAAAAACAUCAAAGUCAAAUCUCUGGGUACGACGGGCAAAUAUAAGAUUUUGUAUCUGAAUUCGUCUUUUUCUGUUGAUUUAAGCAAUGAAAGUUUCACCGCUGGCCGUGGAGAUAACAAUGAUCUUAUAUUGACGCUCAAUGAUUUACCAGAGAAAAUAUUGUGUCGCAUAUCGAAGGUCCAUUUUGUAAUACGAAGAGCUAACUGUGAUCUAUCCAAUCCUGUUUACAUUGAGGACCUUUCGCGCAAUGGAACGUUUGUGAAUAGUGAAAGAAUUGGUACCAAUAGCAGACGUAUUCUACAAAAUGAUGAUAUUAUAUCGCUAUCGCAUCCCACGUACAAAGCUUUUGUCUUCAAAGAUCUCAGUCCCAAUGAGGCAAUGGGUUUGCCCAAAGAAAUUACUUCAAAUUAUUAUGUUAGUCGUAAAUUAGGCUCUGGAGCUUGUGGUCUGGUGCGUCUGGUCUAUGACAGGCGUUCGUGCCAAGAAUAUGCCAUGAAAAUUGUCAAGAAAAACAUGCUGGCAACCAGUACUAGCCCCAAUCAUUUAACAGAUCCAAAUCGUGUUAUGAAUGAGGCAAAAAUUAUGAAAAAUCUAGAUCAUCCCUGUGUCAUUAAUAUGCACGAUAUUGUUGAUAAGCCAGACUCAGUUUAUAUGGUUUUAGAAUUCAUGAAAGGAGGCGAUUUACUCAAUCGCAUUGUUGAAAAUAAAAGGCUGUCGGAAAAGAUUUCCAAACUUUUCUUCUAUCAAAUGUGUCAUGCGGUUAAAUAUUUACAUGAUAAAGGCAUCACUCAUAGAGAUUUAAAGCCGGACAAUGUGUUGCUUGAAACGUCGGACGAGGAAACAUUAUUAAAAGUUUCUGACUUUGGUUUGAGCAAAUUUGUACAGAAGGAUUCUGUAAUGCGAACCUUGUGUGGCACACCUCUGUAUGUUGCACCAGAAGUGCUGCUAACUGGUGGUCGUGGAGCGUACACAAAAAAGGUAGACAUUUGGAGUUUGGGUGUGGUUCUUUUCACCUGCCUUAGCGGAACUUUGCCCUUUUCUGACGAUUACGGCUCUCCAGCCUCUGAACAAAUCAAGAAGGGUCAUUUUCGUUUCAAUCAUCCCUCAUGGAAGCAGGUAUCACAACGGGCAACAUCCCUAAUAAAAAACAUGUUAAUAGUUGACCCCCAAAGAAGGCCAACUAUCGACGAUGUACUACAAAGUAGCUGGCUCAAAGAUCAGGAAAUGUUGCGUACCGCCAAUAAACUAAUGAAAAUCGAACCCAUGGAAACCGAAGAUGAAGAGAAUUUUUUAGAACCUCCAAUGAAACGUUCCAAACGGUAAACAAAACGUAUUUACAUUACCUCGUUAAUUUAAUAUGGAGAAAGAAAAACCAACCACCAGUUGCCAAAUAGAGUACUAUUUUUUAUUAGUUUAGUUAUUUUAUAUAUAGUAUUAAGUCACCAUUUUUGUGUUUGUUUUUUGUUCAUUAUUCAGUAUACGUAAAAAAUUGCCUUAGAUUGGAAUUCAUUUGAUAUGAUAAACAUUCCAUAGCAGCAGAAACUCCAAAAAUUUGACAAGACAAAAAAACACUGUUAGCAAACAAAAAUGAAAUUAUUUUCCGAAAAUGUUGCAAGAGUUGUACUCUAAGAUUUUUUUUUGUUAAAUGUUGUCCACUCCAAUGUUUUGUUAAACAUUCUUAUACCUCUUGUAUAACUGAUCAUUAUUAAUAUUUUUACUUGAUCAUUAUUAUUAUUAUUAUUAUUAAUUAUAUGUAUUGUACUGUUUAUGUUGUAUGCUUAUGAGCUAUGCUUUUAUUAAAGCCAUCAGAAUACUGCUUUACAAAUGAUGGGAGGCUGUGAUACGCCUUCAUUUUUUAUAAAUAAAUU